CGGUGACACCGAGGGACAGCCCGGUCUCUGCGGCAGGAAAGCGAUUUAUAGGGCUCAGUAGUGCAAAUUGUGCACCGAGGACACCUGACAUAGUGUGUGUGUACGGACUGGACUGAUGUCUGCCCCAAACAGCGACUGCUGUUGGCAGAACAAACCUGUCUGUGCCUCUUGGUGUUGAGAAGUUGCGCACAGGGAAAAUCCUUAAGGGUAAAUUUAAACGUUCUUGCUGUAUAAAACUGUCUUAAUGCUCCGGGGCAAAAAAAAAAGCCUUAAAAGUUACGGAGGUCUCCGUAGGGUUGAAAUAUGCUGGCAAGUGCUCGGCGUUGCUGUUGUUAUGGUAGGGCCUGAUGGAGAGCUGGAGCAGGUGACUGUGAGUCAUGGUUAAUGGUGGAAGUUCAAGUUCAGUUUCACUUCAGUUGUGGGGCGUUGAGAAAGAUGCUUCAAGGGAGGAGCGAGUGUGUGCUCCUGGUGGGAGGGGAGAGCUGUGGAGGUGGGAGGGUGAGCAAACGCCAAAGGUUAAUGCCCCAAGUGAGUAACUGAGGAAGUUGUUUCCAGGUAAACUGUUCUGAAAUGCUGAUUCAAUGCAGUUGGUGUAAAUAGGUGGUGUCGUGUUUUACCCAGUUUUUCUGGUCUCUGACUGAAGUAUACUUGGUUGAACAACUUAAAGGUGUUUUCCUGUUUGGUAAAUGACGUGAUCCGUGGCUCAGGGCGAUACACUUAUUGCUGCUGAAAGGGGUGGAGACCUAGGUUUUAAAGCAAAGAAACUGAAAUGCAAACAGCAAUUCUAGUGUUCCUGGUAGCUGCCUUAACAGAACAUCUGUUUAAUUUGAAGUUUGCUGCAAAGGAGCUCAACAGGAACUCAAAAAAAUGCGACAAAGAAGAAAAGGCUGAGAAAGCUAAAAUUAAGAAGGCAAUUCAGAAGGGUAACAUGGAAGUUGCACGGAUACAUGCAGAAAAUGCAAUCCGACAGAAGAAUCAAGCCAUCAAUUUCUUGCGCAUGAGUGCCAGGGUAGAUGCUGUAGCAGCAAGAGUUCAGACUGCAGUGACAAUGGGCAAGGUAACAAAGUCAAUGGCAGGGGUAGUUAAAUCUAUGGAUGCCACACUGAAGAGCAUGAACUUGGAAAAGAUAUCUGCACUAAUGGAUAAAUUUGAGCAUCAGUUUGAAACACUAGAUGUUCAGACACAACAGAUGGAAGACACAAUGAGCAACACUACUACACUAACAACGCCACAAAACCAAGUGGAUAUGCUUCUACAGGAAAUGGCAGAUGAAGCAGGUCUUGAUCUGAACAUGGAACUACCUCAAGGACAGACAGGUUCUGUUGGUACAAGCGUUGCCUCAGCAGAACAGGAUGAGCUGUCACAGAGACUGGCCCGCCUACGUGAUCAAGUUUAAGUUAAACAAAGCUGCAGUUCUUUGUACAUGCUUUCAAAACACCCUGUCUGUAACUGUUCCUUCACUACACGAGAGGUGUAUACAGUAUGGCUUAGGUAUUUGUAUACUUGUAAUAUAGGGUUCUUCACUCCUAGCUUGCUACUGUUUCUAAAAUUCAUUAAGUAACCCAAAUCUAUCAGCUCUUUAAUGUCCUUUUCUGUACAUUUUGAAGUUGAUAUAUUUUUUGCAAGCUUUUCUCACAAAAUCAAGUUGAUAUUCUAAGCCAGCUCGUAAUUUUGGUACAUUCUAGCAAAAGGAAAAGCAGAGUGUCAUUGAUAUAGAUUUUAAAUUAUGAAGUGAUUUUUUUUUUUUUAAAUUAUGAGAACUGUUUAUGGUUGGAGAACUGAUGUAUUCAGUUCAGAUGAUAGUUGUAGUUAACUUUCUUACACAGCCAAACUCCUGGAACAUGCAAAGGUGGACAGCACAGACUUCGUGGAAAAUAUGCUUGUUAAAGUGGACUUUGAGUCUUUUAGUCCUUUAAAGCUAGGGUAAUUGUGCUGAAAUGAAUGGUUUAGUUCAAAAAUUAGUUACUAAAAGCUGUUUUAAUAUAAUUGGGAAUUUGUACAGUGUCAUCGCUUCAGUACAGGAGGAAUAAAAUAUAUUUUUCAACUCUGUCAGUUCUGUUAAAUGUUGCAGCUUGCUUGUUGAAAAAUGUCAAGUGCUAUAGCUUCUCCGUUUUGCUUUCUUCUCAGCAUUCUGGGGUGCAGCCAGUUAUGCCACUCACACCUCUGUUCUAUCAACAUCUAGUUCCUGCUCUCUGUUUUUAUAGAUUCAAGCUGAGAAGCCUGAUAUGAAAUAACUAAAGCCUGCUUUUCUCCAUUCCUUCUUACUGUCUUUGCUUUUAAUCUUGUCGGUUCUUUAUACAUAAGGACAAGUCUUGUGAUCAUAUUCUAAUACCUCAAUUUUUGAGGUAUUCUACGCUUCAGUGUUCUUCCAUACAUGAAAAAUGCAGAAGUGCUCUUCCCCAGGUUCAAAUCUUCAGUCCUCCUUCAGCACUUGGGGUCCAACCCUGUCUUCUCCAACUGGGUGCUCCAUUAGAUCAGCUUUUCCUCCUCUCCACCUCGCAUCAGGUGAGAUGUGGGUGAAUGGCACAGGCCAGCUCGGUUGAAGGGGGUGAGGUUGCAUUAAGAGCAGCUACUUCAAUUUUUGAGGUUUAAUGUUGCUCUCUGUAGGUAACGUCAUUUGUAGUAUUGUGGUUGUAUGGAGAAGCUAAUUUGUUUUAGUGAUACCUUUGUAUUUCUACACAAGAAGAGAAUCUACUGGCUUCUUUCAAUAGCUUCCAGCUCUUGCUGCAGUUAUGAAUAAGUGGUUGUAGAAAUCUGUAGCUGAGACUACUUGUGAUGUGUUGUGAUAAACAGUGAUGCUAAAAUUAUCUUUCUGACUUUUGAGGCUCUUUGUUUUAUCUCUGUAGGGGUGAGGGAAAGUGUGAAGCACUAAACUUGGAAUUAGUUCUUAAUUCGCUGGUGUUCAGGAUCAGGUGAAAUUCCCUGUGUUGGGGAAGUAUUUAAGAAAAAAACCCCAUACUUGCUUUUUCAGUCAAGCAGGAUUUUUUCAGUGAAAAUGUGCAAAAAUGGUAAAAUAUUUCAGAGCAGUUUCAAACUAUGUUUUGAAUGUGUUACGCAAAUUGUUCUGAAGGUUUAGCGGGAUGUUACGUGCUGAAGUAUUCAAGGCUACUGUAAAAGGAUAAGGAAACUAAAAUAGACAAAACAACCUAAAAUGCUGUGGGAUUCUCUCUCACACUGGCAGCCUAAACUAAAACAAUUUGUUUAAAAUGUGGUCCUUUCACUUGUUUACAUUUCUUUUCAGUGCAGCUUUCUUUUAAAUGCCUUGAAUGUUUCUCCUGUAAAUAGGAGAAAGUGGAAGAUGUUUAAAAACGAUGUACUCACAGCUGUAAUCUUGGUGAAAUCCUUUCAAAUUAUUAAUAAAACAUCGUAGGAAAGGGGCUAUAUACUACAUUUAUUUUUUUCCCCAAGCUCCUUCUGAACACUACAACAAAACCAUAGCGGUGUAUCUAUGCAACCAGGUUACCCCCAACUGGGUAACUGCUUGUGUGUGUGCCUUUGCCUUGCUGAACUUCAUUUAUUUUUUUUUUUUUUUUUGUUACUCAGUUACUUCAUCUCGUGAGAGGAUUGGAAGCUCACUAUUGUGUAAUAACAACUCCACACCUCAGUUCACUUUGUGGUUGCUUGUGGAUGGUGCUGUACUAUGAAAUCCUGAGGUUUUCACUGCUUAAUAUUAGACGGCUUCAGCUCGCUUGUCAGGCUCAUGUUAAUGUUAAAGCUUAUGCUGCUGUUAGACUGUUCCUGGCUGUUCUUAACCUGUUUGAGGGGGCAGACAGCAAUUCUGGGGUUCUAUGUAGUUAAUUUUCUGAGUAUGUUGCCUUGCCAUGAGCCUUGGGGCUUUGGGGGAGUUUAAAAAUAGAGGGAGAUGAGACUGAUCAGACUGCUGCAAGGUAAAUAUUAAAUAAGCUUCAUUAUCUUACUGGCUAUACACAGCCUCUUUUGUAGUUUUGAUCUUAUUCCAGGCUUACGAAUCCCAGUACCAGAAUAAAUUUCCAGUAUCCUUCAAAGGGAUUGACAAGUGAACAUACAUGCUUGGCUGACAUAAUUCACCUUUCCUCGGCAGGACUAUGAUGCGAAGAGGUAGGCAGGCUUAGGUGACUGAGGAAAGAAAUAACGUCUUUGAAACAAUGCAUUUUUGCCCUGCUGACUUCACUCGAGAAUUACUGCGUAUUUCAGCAGCGCCAGGGUUUUGUGCUGGCUGCUUCUGUGUGUAGAACUCCUGCCCUCUCCUGGGGAAAACCGUUUCUCUUUAGAAGCACUUGUAUCUGUUGGCAUUCUGGAAGUUUUAACAUUUACUUUGUGAAUGUGUAUUUUUUUUCCUCAAGUCUUUUGGAAAUGCUUGAAACUGAAAGUUACUCUUAGAGCAAUAUUUGAGUUUCAUAUCCUUCCUCCAUUCAGGCUGUCCUCAAAACAAUUGCUCUUUUAUGACAGCCCUGGCUUCUCACUCCUGUGUUUCUUGUAAGUUGUCUGUCUGUGUUUGUAGAAGUUCAUUUCAUGUUAAAUAAAUAAUAUGCACUUUUAUGUAACCUUACUACCAGAUAAUAUUUCAAUAUUUGUGCUUAUGAGCAGACACAUCUAAAGUGAAACAUUGCUUGAAAUGUUGAAAGAUGGUUUUACUUGAUGUUUUUUUCCCUUGGUUCCUAAAACUGGUAGUGUGUGGUAGCAUUAGUCUUUGUUCAUUUGAAUUCCAAAAUGAAAAGCCAUGAAGAGCUUCAGAUGAAAGAAGGGAGGAAAAGAACAACUUGAACUUUCUUGAUUGCUAUGGGACAAAAAUGAUCAAGUUGCCUUUGUGGAGAUCCUCAGAGCCAAAAAAUAGUUACAUUUUGUUAAAUAUAAUUAGCAGUUGCGUACAGAAAUAAACUCUGAAGCUGGUGACAUGUAUAGAGAGGAGAAUAAUUUUUGUAGCUCUGGUAGAGUUCAUUUUGAAAACUGCUUUACUUGUAUGGGACAAUUUGUAAAUGUAACUGCAAGUGGUUAAUAAAAUUGUACAUACAACUUCA